UUACCGGAGAAGAAAUAGCGAGCCAGAGUCCAUGGAAGAGGCACCACCCGCCCCCGCCCCCGCCCCCGCCCCUGCCCCUGCCCCUGCUGGCUCGGAAACUGCUUCGAAUCAGACGAUUUACAUUAAUAAUCUCAACGAGAAAAUUAAGCUCGACGAAUUGAAGAAAUCGCUGCACGCGGUGUUUUCGCAGUUCGGGAAAAUACUGGAGGUAUUGGCCUUCAAAACCCUAAAGCAUAAGGGCCAAGCAUGGGUCGUUUUUGAAGAGGUCUCUUCCGCCUCCAAUGCGCUUCGUCAAAUGCAGGGAUUUCCGUUCUACGACAAGCCAAUGCGGAUACAAUAUGCCAAGUCAAAGUCUGAUGUCAUAGCCAAGACAGAUGGUACUUUUGUACCUCGAGAAAAAAGAAAAAAGCAUGAUGACAGAGGAAGAAAGAAGAAGGAUCAGCAUGAUGCGAACCAAGCAGCAGUGGGUCUAAAUUCCACAUAUGCUGGUGCUUAUGGUGCAGCCCCUCCUUUAUCCCAGAUCCCAUAUAUGGGUGCUAGAGCUGCUCCAGAGGGUCCUGCCCCUCCAAAUAACAUAUUGUUCAUUCAAAAUCUUCCACACCAAACAACUUCAAUGAUGCUGCAAAUGCUCUUCAGUCAGUGCCCUGGAUUUAAGGAAGUUAGGAUGGUUGAAGCUAAGCCUGGAAUUGCUUUCAUAGAAUAUGAAAAUGAGAUGCAGUCAACAGUUGCAAUGCAGGGGCUUCAGGGAUUUAAGAUAAGUGAGGACCAUCCUAUGCUGGUCACCUAUGCAAAGAAAUAGAUCAAGUCGUUGAGGAUUAGUUGUUUUUUUCACUCAGAUUAAGCUAGGCCCAGGUCCUUGCUGUACGGUGUAUUCGUAGUGUAAUUACUUGGUAGGAUUAAUACUUUCAGUUUUCUAUUUCUGUCUCAUAUUUGGUGUUUGCUACUAUGUAGCUUCUUGCAGAGGAUUAACCUAUAUUACUAUUGUGCACAGUUCGAUUA